AUGUCUUCUCCGAUUCCCAAGAACGACGACUGCCUGAACCCGUGCGAGAACUUACGUUCCGGUAUUUCGCCCAUCGCUACAACGAAUUGUGAGAAUGCGAUCACCAGCAAUGCCGCCGACCAAUUCUCUACCGCGAGUACGAGCACGCACCAACUUACGGUACCUACUCGUGGUGGUGACAAUGACGAGACCAGUAGCUACGAUUGUACCGAUCCGUACAGAAAAGUCCUUGCGCUGGCAUCUCGGUGGACGGCCGAGCUCGAAAGCGUCCGUAGCGACUUGUAUAUGCUGCAAAUCCAGAAUGCCAUUGCCCUCGAUACUCUCACCAUGGCCGGCGCGGCAACGGAAUUUUGA